GUUCCCCUUCCCGGGCAAGGGCAUCGGGGACUACCUCCAGCUCGCGGGGCUCAGCGCCAGCUGCGGCGACGGCGGCGACGCGGGCCUCUUCCGCGCCGACACCCUCGAGGAGGCGCGCGCGGCCUGCGAUGCGAGGCCGAGCUGCGACUUCUUCUCGUGGUCUCGCGGGGACCGCGCGGCGAUCCUCUGCUCGGGCGGCGCGGCGAGGUUCAAGGAGCACCCGUCCUCGGCGGUGGGUGUCCACCCGCGCCUGCUGGGGCUCGGCGGCCGCGGCUACGCCUCCUUGCCGAACUACCAGGCAGUCUGCGAGCCCGGGCAGGUGCUCGCGGAAGUGCCGGGG